AUGGAACUUGGCGCCGGCGCCCGCGUUUGGUCCCUCUCGUGGCUGCUGCUGCUCCUCCCCUCGCUCGGCUUGGUCGGCGCCAGCGGUCCCCGCACCCUAGUGCUGCUGGACAACCUCAACGUGCGGGAGACUCAUUCGCUUUUCUUCCGGAGUCUGAAGGAUCGGGGCUUUGAACUCACAUUUAAGACCGCAGAUGACCCCAGCCUGUCUCUCAUUAAGUACGGAGAGUUCCUCUAUGACAACCUCAUCGUCUUCUCCCCCUCGGUAGAAGAUUUUGGAGGCAACAUCAACGUGGAGACCAUCAGUACCUUUAUUGACGGUGGAGGCAGUGUCCUGGUAGCUGCCAGCUCAGACAUUGGUGACCCUCUUCGCGAGCUGGGGAGUGAGUGUGGGAUUGAGUUCGAUGAGGAGAAGACAGCUGUCAUUGACCAUCACAACUAUGACAUCUCAGACCCUGGCCAGCACACGCUCAUCGUGGCCGACACCGAGAACCUGCUGAAGGCCCCGACCAUCGUUGGGAAAUCGUCUCUAAACCCCAUCCUCUUCCGAGGUGUUGGGAUGGUGGCCGAUCCUGACAAUCCUUUGGUGUUGGACAUCCUGACAGGCUCUUCCACCUCCUACUCCUUCUUCCCAGAUAAACCCAUCACCCAGUACCCCCACGCGGUGGGGAAGAACACCCUCCUGAUUGCCGGGCUCCAGGCCAGGAACAACGCCCGGGUCAUCUUCAGCGGCUCCCUCGACUUCUUCAGCGACGCCUUCUUCAACUCGGCGGUGCAGAAGGCCAUGCCCGGCGCCCAGAGGUAUUCGCAGACAGGCAACUAUGAGCUAGCUCUGGCCCUCUCCCGCUGGGUGUUCAAGGAGGAGGGUGUCCUCCGUGUGGGGCCUGUGUCCCACCAUCGGGUGGGCGAGACGGCCCCGCCCAAUGCCUACACUGUCACCGACCUUGUGGAGUACAGCAUCGUGAUCGAGCAGCUCUCUAACGGCAAGUGGGUCCCCUUUGAUGGGGAUGACAUUCAGCUGGAGUUUGUCCGCAUCGACCCUUUCGUGAGGACCUUCCUGAAGAAGAAGGGUGGCAAGUACAGUGUCCAGUUCAAGCUGCCGGACGUGUAUGGCGUGUUCCAGUUUAAAGUGGAUUACAACCGGCUGGGCUACACGCACCUGUACUCUUCCACUCAGGUGUCCGUGAGGCCGCUGCAGCACACGCAGUACGAGCGCUUCAUCCCCUCGGCCUAUCCCUACUACGCCAGCGCCUUCUCCAUGAUGGCAGGACUCUUCAUCUUCAGCAUCGUCUUCUUGCACAUGAAGGAGAAGGAGAAGUCUGACUGA